ACUGCAAAUAAUAUAAUACAGUGGCUAAAGAAACUGAAAAACUCGAUACAGAUUUCUCAUUCUGUUUGCAUAUGUUAUAGGGGACCGUUUAACGUUUACUUUAAGAGACAGAAAAAAACACAAUUUAUAACGGGGAAAUGAUCGUCUAUCUAACAGAUCGACUCUCUGAUACUGGUAUAUGAAUCAACACGUCUUAAGAAAACUUUGCCACAAUAAAACAUUAUUACACAAACUCUCUUCCAUAAUGAUUAUAAGGAAGCGUGAAAUAUAUUAAUGACUAUCAGAAGGACUCCAUUAUACUAGCUGAUCAACAAAUUAUUGGUCAAUAUUUUUAUACACAGCUAUUGGACAAAAGAAACUUCCUAUAAUUAAAAUUACAUUUGAUGCUUGUGACUAAAUGGAUAUAUGAUAUGACAGAGAGAAAAAAUUGCUGGAAGAUAAGAUUCUUGUCUUAAAAAAAUGCCUUUUUCAUGCUGUGCUCUAUGUAGUUAUAUUAAUAUAUAGUUUAAUAUAUAGUUAAAAACAGGAUAUAUUGUUUUUAAAACAAUGUCAUAACUGCAGAAAAUUUAAAAUUUGUGGAAAUUAAAAGUAACUGGCAAUGUCUUUACAGAACUACACAAUAAGCAAACAAGACCAUUACAACCAACGAGUACCAGCCUAUAUUUUACUUGGAGUGACCUCCCUUGGUUGCCUAGGAAAUGCAUUCGCCAUAGUUAUAAUUCUUGUAUUCAGAAAGUUCAGAAAAUCAUCAACAGCUUUCAUAUGUCAUCAGUGUUUCCUGGACCUUGUAAAGGGCCUCUAUAAUUUUCUCUAUGGAUUUCAUCUAAUAAGGGACACCGAGGUUCCAGCAUGCCAUGCAAUCGGGGCCUCAUAUGUACUGUUUGUUACUGUAUCAGCUUACAAUUUAUUAGCUAUAGUUGUAAAUGAGGAGUGUGAAAUGCAGCGACCAUCAAAACAUAGAGAGAAGAACCAUUUCUGUGUCAUAUUUGGAAUAGCUAUUCUUUGGUUCACAUGUAUUUUAAUUCACAUGGGCGUCGCCUUUUUACCAAAGGAGCCAGAAUUCAUCCCUGGUGUGGGCAGCUGCACAUUCUCCUACGGAACACCCAGCAAUCUUGUUUUACAUAUUCUUUGGAUUAUACUAAUCUCCAUGGCAAUAUUUCUUACAUUAAUACAUUUUCUCUCCAUGUUCUGCAGAGUGAGGUUUAAAGCAAGAAGUUUAAAGUGGGCACUUAUUCAUAGGUCAUUGUUGCGGGAUGUGUUUUCGAGUGCAAAUGACGACCUUGACCCUAAAACUGUCCAAAAAAGUUGCCAUAGCAACAAUCUAUAUACACACCUUUACCUCAGAAGAAUUAAAAUAUUAUCAAUCAUGGUACUCAGCUUUAUUGUAUUCUGGUACCCACUGUUUUUGCUGACAAUAGUGGACUAUAAAUAUAAAUCAUCUAAACAUAUCUACCAAGGACUAACAAUUCUGUCAUGGUGUCACCCAGCAACAACGUCAAUAUUCACAUUCCUUAUUCUACAUGACAUGUCAAGUAAAGACGGCCUCAUGAGGAGGAUCUAUUCAAAUGUAUAUCCCAUGAUGCAGCAGUAUUCAAACCCAACAAAUCAUCCAAUCAUAUGCAAUGACUGGGAUGGCACCAAUUCUGGUAUCUUAAACACACAUUUCAAUGAAAAUUCACCAAGAGGUCAAGGUCAAGAUGAAAACUUUGAGAACCAGGAGAAUGAUUUUUCUAUUAUGCAAAGCAAUCAGGAAUGUCAAAUGCUGCUACAAUGUGAUUCUGAUGAUCAUCAUUUCAUGGACCAUGACAUUCACACUGCAGCAGAAGAUAGGUUAAUACAUGACCUUGACCUUGCAGCAGAAGACAUUUUAGUUGUGAAAAGUGACAAUAUUCAGGCCCCACUUGUUAUAGAACAGUGGGACAGUUCACCUACCAGUCCCGGCAAACAGAGGAAACAGAACUUGUAAAAGACUGUCCAGAGAAAUCAUUAAAAUUGCAGCUAUUUUUGUUCAUAGCAUUAUAUAGUGUAACAUAAAGAAUGGUUGGCAUGAUGAAAGUAAUGAAUGAAUUUCGUGAAAGAAACCUUCCAUGAUAACCACAUAUGCUUAAUAUAACAAAGGAGUGAAAUAAAUCAACAUUUCUGUCAUAAGAUGAAAUUAUCAAUGGAUUGAGUAAUCGAUUAACCUUUCUUAAAUUGUGUUCAAGUACAUUAAUGCACUUUUCAGCACUUUCACAGUUAAAAUUGUACAUGUAUUGUGCACUGCACAUAAAAACAAAUUCUUCAAAUAUGCUGGAAAUAAACAAAACUGGAGUAAGUUGACAUCAAAAAUACUGAAUCAGGAUAUAUUGAAAUUACAGCACUAUAUUAUUUAAGCAAUAAAGAGCACACUGUUGUGAAUAUUUUUAUAUUCAAACCUGUACACACCUG